AUGCUCUCAAUAUACCGACCCGCUAUUCGACAAGGGCCAAUGGCGGGCUCUGUUCUUUCGAGUUAUCAGCAGGUUCGGGGAGCUGGUAACGAUAUGGCAGCCCAAAGGAGGAAGAGGGAAAAGGCCGCUCUCAAAAAGUCCAAGAAAGCUCCUCGUGAGUUUCAACAAAAGAAUCUGAAGGAUGUGAAACAGUUUGCUCUUUGCGAUGCCAUGAGAUACCUUCGGGCAUUUGAAGUUGGCCGGGAGCCAGCUGUUUCGAAAUAUGAAAUCCACAUCCGACUGAAAACUAGACGAGACGGCCCUGUCAUUCGCAACAUGCUCCGAUUUCCUCACUCAGUUCAAACCGAAUCCCGAAUUUGUGUCAUUUGUCCCCCCGGCUCGAAACACGCGAAAGAAGCAGCGGCAGCAGGGGCAGUCCUAAUUGGAGAACAGGAAGUUUUCGACGCUGUGAAGGGCGGAAAAAUUGAGUUUGACCGAUGUAUUUGCCAUCCGGACAGCGUGGACGCGAUGAACAAGGCUGGACUGGGCAGGAUUCUCGGUCCUAGGGGCUUGAUGCCCAGCGCGAAAACGGGUACUGUCGUCGAAGAUGUGGCUUCUCGUGUUGAGAUGCUUCGUGGGGGUACGGUAUACAGGGAGCGUGAUGCUGUGAUCCGACUUCCCAUCGGACAACUGGGAUUUUCUCCCGAACAACUAAGGGACAACCUUCGUGUUACCAUUGAGCAAGUGAAGAAGGACGCACUCGGUCUUAACGACCGAAUUACAAAGCAGAUCUACGAAGUGGUGUUGAGCUCGACCCACGGCCCCGGCUUCAGUCUCAACGGAGAGUUCCAAACGGAGAACUCCGUGGAUCCCGCUCUCUUGACUGGCGUGUAA